CGGGCGCUGGCAGCUGCGGAGCGCCUCCCCGGCUCCGGCGCCCGCGGGCAGGGCGCGGGGCAGCACUUCGCUUGGCUGCGGCGGCUGCGGGGCCGCGGCUCCAGAUGUGGAAGCCAUGGAGCUGAGCUGCAGCGAAGUACCUCUCUACGGGCAGAUGACGGUCUGUGCGAAGUUUGACAAAAAUGUCUAUCUUCCUAAAGACGCCGAGUUUUACUUUAUUUAUAACGGAUCUCAGCAGAGGCACGUGAUGAUUGCCGAGCGCACAGAGGACAACGUUCUCCAGUCCAGCAUUCCAGGCCACGGGCUUCAGGAGACGGUGACGGUGUCCGUGUGCCUCUGCUCAGAAGGUUACUCCCCGGUGACCAUGGGCUCGGGUUCCGUGACCUACGUGGACAACAUGGCCUGCAGGCUGGCCCGCCUGCUGGUCACCCAGGCCGAUCGCCUCACUGCCAGCAGCCAUCAGACCUUGCUGACCCCGUUUGCCCUGACGGUGGGAGCGCUGCCUGCUUUGGACGAGGAACUUGUGCAGGCACUGACCCAUCUGGAGUUGCCUCUUGGGUGGACUGUCUUGGGACAUUCUUCACUUAAAGUUACGCUUCCCAGAGAGACCCUCCUCCACCUGGCUGUGCGCUGGGGCCUGCCGAAGCUGUCCCAGUUCCUCGUGUGUCUCCCGGGGGGCAUUCAGGCCUUGGCUUUACCCAAUGAAGAGGGUGCCACACCAGUAGACUUAGCUUUAAAUGGUGGGCACUUCACGCUGGCUGACAGCAUCACAAAUCUGCAGGGCAGCCGCUCCCCAGGCUCCUCCCGGGUGCAGCUCAGCGAAGACGCCUUCCUGCAGUACAUUCACGCUUCGGGAACACUGACCCUGACGCUUCACCACACGGCCGAGCAUUUGCUGGAGGCAGACAUUAAACUCUUCCGGAAAUACUUUUGGGAUAGAGCCUUUCUCAGCAAGACUCUUGAAGAGCAAGAAACCAGGCCAGAGGAAAGAUCAGAUAUGCCUUCCAGUGCUGCAGAAACUGAAGAAGAAGUUAAGAAUUUGGUGUCCAGUAGAUCAUCACCUGAACAGGAGGAUGGAAAGGGCAUGAAAAGCCAGGUGGUUCAACUGAAUGAGCGUGAAGACCAGGACAGUCCAGAUUCGGAUCGCUCCCGUGAGAUCCUCAAAAAGUCCAAGCAGCCCUCCUCGUUCCAUGCGGCCAGUGGGCUUUCUGACAUGCUGAACGGCGGCGAUGAAGUCUAUGCUAACUGUAUGGUGAUAGAUCAGGUUGGUGAUUUGGAUAUUAACUAUAUGAACUUAGAGGGAAUCACUCCAGACACCUGCCCUGAAUCCAUGGGUUCUGCUCUGACAUCUCAGAGCGGCAAGCAUAUCCUUCCCACUGAAACCAGCCCUGGUGAGAACAAGGAAGUGACGUCAAAUACGGAAGCCCAACAGUCCUUCACAUCGCCAUCUGGUCCAUGUGCUUCCAACUUAAACCUUCCUUUUGGUCUUCAUGGGUUUGAAAAGGAACAGAGUCAUCUAAAGAAAAGAAGUUCCAGCCUCGAUGCCCUGGAUGCAGACAGUGAGGGGGAAGGGCCUGCGGAGCAGGCAUGCCUGUGCCACACACCUGUGUCACAGAGCUCCUCCAGAAGCGGCAUUCCCAGCGGGGAUGAAUUAGACGCUUUUGAGACCAACACUGAACCGGAUUUUAACAUUUCCAGGACCGAGUCACUUUCUUUAUCAAGUAAUCUUCAGUCAAAGGAAUUACUACUUUCUGGAGUCCGCUCACGUUCUUAUUCCUGCUCAUCACCCAAAAUUUCUUUAGGAAAGUCUCGGUUGGUGCGUGACUUUACAGUGUGCAAUUCAAGUGAAGAGCAAAGAGCUUACAGUUUACCAGAGCCGCCAGAAGAAAAAAGAAUUCCAGAAGAAGAAUGGGAUAAAUACAUCAUACCUGCCAAAUCGGAUUCUGAAAAGUACAAAGUGAGCCGAACUUUCAGUUUCAUCAUGAAUCGGAUGACUAGCCCUCGGAAUAAAUCUAAGACAAAAAGCAAGGAUGCCAAAGACAAAGAGAAGCUGAGUCGACAUCAAUUUGUCCCUGGAACUUUCUCUGGAGUUCUGCAGUGUUUGGUUUGUGAUAAAACACUCCUGGGGAAAGAAUCAUUUCAGUGUUCUAACUGUACUGCAAGUGUACAUAAAAGUUGUAAAGAUGCCGCACCUCCAUGUCCCAAGAAACUCCAAGAGAAAUUUAACAAGAACAAACCACAGACCAUCCUUGGAAAUUCUUCAUUUAGAGACGUCCCCCUGGCUGGUCUCUCCUUGCAUCCUUCUUCCUCCAUGCCCAUCGGCUUGCCGGCUGGGAGGAAAGACACCGCGGGGCCGGCCCAUCCACUGUCCAGAAGUGUUCCCGGCACCACCUUGGACAGGAGGCCAGGGCCAGCCUUGGAAUCUGAGAGUGACGCGAACGCCUGGAGAAGCAGGUCUCAUUCCGAUGAGCUCUUACAGUCCAUGGGCUCAUCCCCCUCCACGGAUUCUUUCUUAAUGGAAGAUGUCGUGGAUUCUUCUCUGUGGAGCGACCUCAGCAGUGAUGCCCAGGAGUUUGAAGCAGAAUCUUGGAGUCUUGUGGUGGACCCCUCGUUUUGUAGUAGACAGGAGAAGGAUGUCAUCAAAAGACAGGAUGUCAUUUUUGAGCUAAUGCAAACGGAAAUGCAUCACAUCCAGACCCUCUUCAUCAUGUCUGAGAUCUUCAGGAAAGGGAUGAAGGAGGAGCUGCAGCUGGACCACAGCACGGUGGAUAAAAUCUUCCCCUGCUUGGAUGAAUUACUUGAAAUUCAUAGGCAUUUCUUCUACAGCAUGAAGGAGCGGAGGCAGGAAUCCUGUGCUGACAAUGACAGGAAUUUCGUCAUUAACCGAAUUGGAGAUAUUCUAGUCCAACAGUUUUCAGAAGAAAACGCAAAUACGAUGAAGAAAAUAUAUGGAGAGUUCUGUAGCCAUCACAAAGAAGCUGUCAGCCUAUUUAAAGAACUCCAGCAGAAUAAAAAGUUUCAGAAUUUUAUUAAGCUCCGAAAUAGUAAUCUUUUGGCUCGACGCCGAGGAAUUCCAGAAUGCAUCCUGCUAGUCACUCAGCGCAUCACAAAGUACCCCGUCUUAGUGGAGAGGAUAUUGCAGUACACAAAGGAAAACACGGAAGAACAUAAAGACUUAUGCAAAGCUCUUUGCCUAAUAAGAGACAUGAUUGCAGCCGUGGAUUUAAAAGUCAGUGAAUAUGAGAAAAACCAAAAAUGGCUUGAGAUCCUAAGUAAGAUCGAAAACAAAACAUACACCAAGCUCAAAAACGGCGACGUGUUUAGGAAGCAGGCGCUGAUAAGCAAAGAAAGGACUCUGUUACACGAAGGCCUUGUUUUUUGGAAAACCGCCACGGGCCGCUUCAAAGAUAUCCUAGCGUUACUUCUAACUGAUGUGCUGCUCUUUUUACAAGAAAAAGACCAGAAAUACAUCUUUGCAGCUGUUGAUCAGAAGCCAUCCGUUAUCUCCCUUCAGAAGCUUAUCGCCCGAGAAGUUGCUAAUGAGGAGAGAGGAAUGUUUCUGAUCAGCGCCUCUUCUGCUGGCCCUGAGAUGUAUGAGAUUCACACCAAUUCCAAGGAGGAGCGGAAUAACUGGAUGAGACGGAUCCAGCAGGCAGUGGAGAGAUGCCCAGAAGAAGAAGGGGGGAGGACAAGUGAGUCUGAUGAAGAGAGGCGGAAAGCUGAAGCAAGAGUGGCCAAAAUUCAGCAAUGUCAAGAAAUACUCUGUAAUCAAGACCAGCAAAUCUGCACGUAUUUGGAGGAGAAGCUGCAUCUCUACGCAGAGCUUGGAGAACUGAGUGGAUUUGAGGAUGUCCACCUGGAGCCCCACCUCCUCAUCAAACCCGACCCUGGCGAGCCUCCCCAGGCGGCCUCCUUACUGGCAGCGGCACUGAAAGAAGCUGAAAGCCUGCAGGUGGCAGUGAAGGCCUCCCAGGUGGGCGAUGCCGGUCAGUCCCCAGAGGAGGAGGGGUGUGGAGAAGCCACCCUGCCUGAGGUGCCCAGCGGUGACGCACCAGGACCACCUACUGCUUCACUAGUCACAGAAGGGACAGGAGGAAGAGGCUGUUGGGAUGUGGAACCCGGGACCCAGGGUGUGGGAGCCGAGUUGACGGCCUCUGAUGCGGGGGAGAAGGAGGAUAAUAGAAGUUUUCCAGGUUCCUCCCAGUCUGAGAUUAUACAAGCGAUACAGAAUUUAACCCGUCUCUUGUACAGCCUGCAGGCUGCCUUGACCAUCCAGGACAGCCACAUCGAGAUACACAGGCUGCUCCUCCAGCCGCAGGACAGCCCAUCCCCGGGCCUCCCUUUCCGAGGCAGCCCCUUCCAGGACCCGGACAAGCAGCGUGGCUUGGAGAAGCGGCGGGAGGAGCUGGCGGACAUCCCCAAGCUCCAGCGCCAGUUCCAGCAGGACCAGCGGCGCUGGCAGCGCAGGUGGGACCAGCAGCGGCGCGAGCAGGAGGCCAGGGAGAGCUGGCUGCAGGAGCGCGAGCGGGAGUGCCAGUCGCAGGAGGAGCAGCUGCGUAGGAGCCGUGGGGAGCUGGACCUGCAGCUGCAGGAGUACCUGCAGAACCUGGAGCAGCUGAGGGCAGGCCAGCGCCUGGUGGAGCGGGAAAGGGGCCGGAUGCGCGCCCAGCAGAGCCUGCUGUGCGGCUGGAAGCACAGCCGGCAGAGCAGCCUGCCUGCGGCCUUCUCUCCUCCGGGAAACGCGGAGGUAAUGGAGCUUAAUCGAUCUGAGAGUUUACAUGAUGAAAAUUCACUCUUCAUCAAUGAUGCUUUAGGUCAAAUGUCAUUUAACACUUCCGACCAACCGACUCCACCAGCCACCCGCCAGGACGCCGCUUACCCCCCCAGUAUAUCUAACUCUGACUCGGAAAGGACUAGUGAAAAUCAGGUAGACCUCCAGACAGAUGUUUCUCAGCCCACGGGAGAAAACCAUGAACUAUGGACAGCCGCUGAGUCCUGUCAUCCGCCAGCCCCGCACCACCAAAGCAGCGAGGAUGCUUGUCAAAAUGAUUUGGACAUCUCAGAGGCUGAGUUUCCAACCCCUCUUGACUCAAACCCACCUGGCCCUGAGCUGCAGAUGUGUAUAGCAGAAGCAAAGCUAAAUCUACAAACACUGACCAGGCAAGAUGGGGAAACUGGAGAUGGAGCCGAAGAAAAUAUUGUUUACCUCUAAUUGUAUUGUCAUUAUUUUUUCCCUACAAAACAGAACACUGGCAUUUUGGGGAGAAUUUUUAUUUUCCUUUCCUGAUAUGUGUGUGACUGUGUCUAAAUUACUUUAAGAGUAAUAGUUAAUAUUUCAUGCAGACUCCCUUUGGGGGGGCAUGAGUCUAAUAAUUAAAUUAUUGAAAGCAGCUCUGUUUGUAUAAUCGUUAACUCACCAUACCUAAUUUCAGAGUUCUGGAGGAGACAUUAACUUGGAUAAGCAGAAAUAUUUUCAAAGUUCUGACUCUGGACUAAAAUUGCAUAUUGUAUUUUCUACUGAAUCAUCUGGUUUUUGAAAUGCUUUUUAAGACCCAGAUGAAGCAAUUUGAAUGGAAAGAAUGAUAUUCAUGAUGGGCAAACUUUCACAAUCACAGCAGUUGGUUACAGAGAGUGGCCUCACUGCCCCAGAGACCCAGGAGGCAGUGGGGAAGGCCUUUUUUUGAUUACUUUUCACAUGCUGAUUGCUCUUUGGAACAUAACAGGGAUUGCUCCUGGAGGUGACCUGCCACAGUCACGGUGUAGCCCAUCUGCGCUAUUUGGACACUGUGCUGAGCGGAAGGCCACUCUGCGAUGGACACAAUCUGGACUCUUAUGACCUGGGCCACAUGCUUUGCAGAUGCACUUUCUCAGACCCAGUGCUGGUUGUUUUUCAAGCCACAUCUUUCAAGAGAGCCCAGACCCAAAGCUCCAGCACGGUCCGUUUUGCUGUAAAUAGUGAAACUCCAGUCGUGCCCUCACUCCCCUCAUCUGGUCCUGUCCUGCCAGGCCUGGGAGCACCAACUGCUGCUCACUAGCAGAAUCCCUCCCUGCAGUUCUUUAAGGACAAGAACUGCUCUCUCAGCAAAGCUUACUGCCUGUUUGUGAUUUUCCACAAAGGAAAGCUGUUAUGUUCUGUCCUCGGAGUAAUAUGGGUCUCUGUGUGAAAAAAAAAAAAACAAACCAGAAAAUGUUUUCAGCUUGUUCUUCGGAAAUAUUUGUACAUGUUUCGGUCAGUGUCAAUAAACGUCUUCUACCUGUC